CCGCACUGCCCUCCGCCUCGCCUCGCCUCGCCUCGCCUCGCCGCGGCGCUGCCCGCCCGCCCGGCUCCGGCCGCCGCCGAGGGAAUCGGCGGGUCAGCCCGCCCUCGCCCUCGCCCUGCUCUGGGGCGUCCCCGCCGCUUUACCCCGCCUCGUCCCUCUGCCCCCGGCGCGGGCUUCUCGCCGCCCCUUCCCCCGGGUUGUCUGUCAGCCCGCCCUGCUCGCUGCUCGUCCGUGUCCGUGUCCGUGUCCGUGUCCGUGUCCGUGUCCGUGUCCCCCCCGCCGCCCCCGGAGCUCCCCCGCCGCCAGGGAUGGCGCCGCUGACAGCGCCCGUCCGCGCCUGAGCCGGUAGGGGCGAGCCCGCCGCCGCCGCGGGAGGAGGAGGAGGAGGAGGAGGAAGAAGAGAGAUGAACCGCUUCCAGCCCGGGGUCGCGCUGCUGCUCUCGCUGCUGUGGGAGUGUACGGAGGCCAAAAAGCAUUGCUGGUACUUUGAAGGAUUAUAUCCUACAUAUUAUAUAUGUCGCUCCUAUGAGGAUUGCUGUGGUUCAAGAUGCUGUGUAAGAGCUCUCUCUAUCCAGCGACUAUGGUAUUUUUGGUUCCUUUUGAUGAUGGGAGUUUUGUUCUGUUGUGGAGCUGGUUUCUUUAUCCGAAGGCGAAUGUACCCUCCUCCACUAGUAGAAGAACCUACUUUUAACGUGUCUUACACCAGACAACCAGUCAACACUGCAUCAGGGUCACAACAAUCUGGAGUGCCGUAUUACACAGACCCAGGUGGACCUGUGAUGAAUCCCAUGGCUAUGGCUUUCCACGUCCAGCCCAAUUCCCCGCAAGGAAACCCAGUUUACCCACCCCCACCCUCCUACUGCAACACACCACCUCCCCCUUACGAGCAGGUGGUGAAAUCCUCCACGUGAGGACUCUCUGGCUUUCUGACCUGACUGUGUGAGAAGAAGGUGCCAUUGCAAAAUGACCGAGAUGGAGGGCAGCCGCCCUUUUGAACACUUGCUAGUUCUCCAAGUCCUCUCUCCCUCCCUUCCCUGCACCUUUCCUCAUUAAAGUUACUUGCAAAGGGGUAAUUUUUAAAAUUCUUUUCUUUUUUUUUUUUUUUUUUUAGUAGAAGUGGAUUUUUUUCUUUGUCUUCAUAAUGACAGAAGUUGUCUUUGUAAUGCUUUUAAUGGAAACCUAUAUUUAAAACCUG